AUGUUUUUUGAACAUCGACGUGAACUUGCUGUCGAAUUGGGAGGAGCACAUUUCAGUGUCGAAGGCUCGCAACCAGAUGUUCCUGAGCAGAUUCGUCCCCGGGUUCCGCUUCCACCUGGACUUAUGAAUGCCAUCGACACCACUUCCGACCCACGUGUGAUUGGGGAAAUGAUUGAAUGUUUGGGUACUAGAGGCAAAGCUGUCUCGAUAGGUCCACCUUCACCAGGAACGAAAAUUGAGAUUGAAGUCUUUUCACAUCUCAACCUUGGCAGAGAAUAUUUGGGUUCUACCCAAGGUGACAGUUAUCGCCGGACAGGCAAUUACCCAUUUGACGGGUUGAUCACCUACUACGACGCCGAGGAUUUUUAA